AACAUGACAAACACAUCACCAGUCUGCACUUUCUGUGGUUUAUUUAAAACCAAUUUACAAUAAUAUUUAGUUAGAAUUUAACAUGGCCACAAAUAACCUGUGGCUUGGAAAGAGCCUCGGUGGAAGAGGAGGGGUAUGGUGGGGAGGGGGUGUGAUGUGGGCUGGGUGUCCUGUGCUACCAACACUACAGAGGUAUGGGGGGAGAGUGUGGUGUGAUGUGGGCUGGGUGUCCUGGGCUACCAACACUACAGAGGUAUGGGGGGAGUGUGGUGUGAUGUGGGCUGGGUGUCCUGUGCUACCAACACUACAGAUGUAUGGGGAGUGUGUGGUGUGGUGUGAUGUGGGCUGGGUGUCCUGGGCUACCAACACUACAGAUGUAUGGGGGAGAGUGUGGUGUGAUGUGGGCUGGGUGUCCUGGGCUACCAACACUACAGAGGUAUGGGGAGAGUGUGAUGUGGGCUGGGUGUCCUGGGCUACCAACACUACAGAUGUAUGGGGAGAGUGUGUGGUUUGAUGCGGGCUAGGUGUCCUGGGCUA